CUCUCUGUUCUAGAUUGUUCCUAGAUUUUAUUCUCUGUUCUUCGUUUUGUCUUAAUCUAAGUCUCAGACGUUCUGAUUUAGUAAGAGUCGCAACUUCGUCGGUGUGAUCUUUUGUCGGGGAAUCCUGUUUUUGGUUCUCAGGUGUAUCCAUUCUGCUCCCAAUUUAUAACCAUGAGCGUGUGCUUAUUUUAUUCGGGAAAAUUGGUUCCUACGGCACCAAUAGAUUCCUGAUGCAGUGAUCAGACCAUGAUGUGAACUAGCUUCGUAGUAUAAUGCUUUGAUGGAGCGUGAAUUGCGAAUGAACUUUGCUUUUGCAUGUUUACAGCUGCUCUUGCCUGCAAGAACUUGGGUCUUGAGAAGGCAUGUUAGUCUGAAUGGUGUGGGUCAGAUUUCUAUUUGGGGGUCUGUCAAUAUUGUUAUGUAGAUGUGAUUGGGCUAUCACCAACGACGGAUGUUUCUUGAUCUGAAAUCGUGGGAUGCUGUUCCGCUUGUAACCGGUAUCUGUAUCUCAUUUGGAUGUUAAGAGUUCAAUGACACAUAAGUUGUGUUGAGGAUGGACUGCCGUGUGGAAUACAGUAAGGGAUAUUUUGCCUGAGGGUUCCGGCUUUGUCAAAGAAAGGUUAUAGUUGUCAAUCGGCACAAUUGAUUAGCAAUUGGUGAUGGAUGAUGGGUGGUAAUGCUUGCAUGAGGGAAGAAUGCCUCACAAAGUCCAGAACUUGGGUUGAGUAACCAUGGUAUACAUCGAUGAUUGGGAUUUGAGUGCUAUGGGUGGCACCAUGUAUGGCGAGGAAUGAAGAUGAGACCUACAGAGUCGUAAUUUCAUGUGAUGUAGUGCUCCGGUUUUUUUGUUACCGGUGUUUUGCGGAUGGAUCUGAAGAAGAGAAAGGAGCACUUAAUUUUUGAACUUUGUUCUCUGCUAAUAUAUUCUUUUGCAUUCCCUUAGCAGCUCUCCUCAUGAAACUUUGUUUGACCUGGUAACUGGUCGGAUUCCUGCUGACUUGAUAAAUUGUGUGAAGUGUAGCUGAUUCAGAAUGAGAUUUUGCUUACCAUGAGGAUUUCUGCUGGAUCUUUUUCUCCAGGACAUAGAACUCGAGCAGCUUCUAGUUCUCCUGCCCGUCAUGUAAAUAGAGAUCACCGACAUGGCUCUGAUCUUGAUCAUUCUGGAGGUGCACCUCGUGGUCGUGAGUUCAGCAGUAGAAGGGAAGCCUCUGGGAGAUACAGAGAUCAUUCACCAUCCUAUGUCAGAGGUGGAGCUGGUGCCCGUCCUAAUGGCAGAGGUUUGGAUGGGCCUGAGCCUGGACUCAGACCUUUUAGAAGUGAUGGAAUGAACAGGAAUAAUAACCCUAAUGUGCGACCAAGAGAAGGCGAUUGGUUCUGUCCAGACCCACUAUGCAGAAACUUGAACUUUGCGAGAAGGGAGUACUGCAACAACUGCAAGAGGCAUCGCUAUGCACCUCUAGUUAGCCCUCCACCUCCUCCACGUAGGGACUAUCCCAUCUCAACACCCCCUCCCCGUGGCCUCUCGGGUAAUCCCUUGGAUCUCUCCCCAGGCUACAGGUCUCCUCCUCGCCGCUGGCCCAGGGAUCAUCCACCGAGACACGAUCAUCAUCCCGCAUGGAGAGACAGAGAGCGAGAACAAGAGAGGGUGCGUUACCCAGAUGAUGAUUACCUUAGCAGAAGGAGGCCACCAUUGGAUUGGAGCCAGGCUGAUCGCGGAAGAGACCUGUUCCUGAAACCUCACCACGAGAGGCGGCCUAUGCUCUCUCCUCCUCCACCGCUUCCCCCACCUCGUGGCAGUAGAUGGGGUCGCGAUGUUAGAGACAGGAGCAGGUCGCCGCCAAUGAGAGGCGGUCCGCUACCGCUGCCGAGGGACUACCGCCGUGACAGAGGACGGGACGAGCGGCGUGGCCCUGCAAGAGCCCGGUUUGGAAAUGCUUACUAAGACAUUUUUGGACUUGGGAGUUGAAACAUUGUAUUUGAAUUUUGUUAAACUGUCGGAAAAUUGCCCAGAGAGUUGGCUUUGUACCUUGUA